AAAAUGUCGGAACAACCUGCCAGCACCUCGGCCUUCGGAUUUAAGAAGCGAAACAUUAACAAAGGAGCUGCCAUGCGCAGGAAAAAGCAAAGUAGUAGCAGCAAUGACUCUGCAAAAAGCAGCGAUGAGGACGCAAAUAGCAAAACCAGUGCAUUGGUCCGAGCCGAAAAUCGAAGAAAGCGCACAAAUCCGAACUAUCAGAGCACCAAGACUUCGAGCAAAAGAAAGGCGGGAGUCGCCGAUGCUGACUCCUCUUCCUCUGCCUCCGAGGACGACAAACUGGGCGUGGCGUACAAGUCUAAGCGAGAAGCCCUGCCAAGUGGACCACAGGAUCAGGGAGCUACAGCCGUCAAUGAAAUGGACACUGAAUUGGAUCGCGAUGCUCAGGCGAUUCAUGCUAGAUCCAUCAAAAUCAAUGAGGAACUGGGAGGCAAGGAGGACGAUAAAAUCUACCGCGGAAUUAAUAACUAUGCGCAAUACUACAAAAAGCAGGACACGGCAGCCGGUAACGCUAGUUCUGGAAUGGUGCGCAGUGGUCCAAUAAGAGCACCGGCACAUCUCAGAGCAACCGUGCGGUGGGAUUACCAGCCGGAUAUCUGCAAGGACUACAAGGAGACUGGAUACUGCGGUUUCGGUGACAGCUGCAAGUUCUUGCACGAUCGCAGUGACUACAAGGCUGGCUGGCAACUGGAAAUGGAUCAUGAAAACCAGCGGCGUGGCGAUUGUGAUUCGGACGGCGACGAUGGAAAAUAUGAGAUUCACUCAGAUGAGGAGUCACUGCCCUUUAAGUGCCACAUCUGCCGGCAGAGUUUCGUCAAUCCUGUGGUAACUAAAUGCAAGCACUAUUUCUGUGAAAAGUGUGCCUUGGCCCAAUACAAAAAGUCCCAACGCUGUAUAAUUUGCUCGCAGCAAACGAAUGGCAUUUUCAAUCCCGCCAAGGAACUGAUAGCGCGUCUCAAGGCUAAUCCUAUCGAAAAUUCAGAUAGUGAUGCAGACAUUGAUGCCGAAGAUGAGAAGCCAGAUGAGGAAAAACCUCAAGAGAUUUCUUCUGAAGAAAGUGAUUAAAUAUAUGCAUUUUUCCAACAGUUACUACCUAUAAAUAAUACUUCAAAAGUUGUGUUUUUUAGCUAUUUUUAUAAUAAAAUUU